CUGGUUUAUCUCUCCCCGAAUUGAGCAACACAUCCGCUCUCUCUACCUCUUGAAUAUCUGUGUUUAUACGAUUUUAUCCAAGGAUUAUCAGGUAGAAAAUAUUGCAGAGUGAGCAGCAGUAUGCGGUGGUAUAGUCUUUCAGUCGACGUGUUUAGGAAAGUCAUCUCUUUGAAUUUAUACUGUCGUGUGAUUCUGUAAAAUAUUACUUGACCCUUAUAGCUUGUCACUUCCUGAACUUUUUACCUUCUUUUGACACUUGACUUGAAAAACAUACUGUGAAGCUUCCUUCAAUGGGAUCAACUCGUUUUGUUGUCAUUCCUUGCUACGUCCGUUGGAUCAGCUGAAUAUUUCAAUCAUCUGUUAUUGUCUUUCUUGAAAAAUUAUAAGCCUUUCAAAUCAAUACAAUCUGAGGGGUAUUUUGGGGUCUAAUAGUUUUGUGGGUGAAGAAGACUGUGUGUGGGGGAGUUAAUUUGUGUGGGGAAGGGGGAGUAGUAGUUAUGGUGCGCCAAGCAGCAAGCCAGACAAGAUUCAGGGAAUUUAAACAUGAAAAUGGAGCUGAUGGGAGUGCCACCAUUAUAGUUAGAAUCAUAGCAUGCUUUCAACCUCUCCAAGUCUGUCAGGCUGAAUACUUUCGUCACUUGUUGAAACCUGUUACGUAGAUUGAUUUCUCCUUACUGCAUUCUCUAGUCAAGUUGAAGAUUUUUUAUUUUCAUUUUAUUGUCUUUUCUAAAGAAAAUCACAAGACAUAACCAGCAAUUUGUAGAAAAGGUAUGCUUUUCCAAUCCAAGAUUCUUUUAUAUUGUUAUUAUCUCUCUAAAGAUAAUAUGAUACAGAGCAAUUCUCUAUUGAUUUCAUUCAGUGCAUGUUUUUGUUCAGGUGGGUGGUAAUUGCUGCAUUAAAUGGAAAAGGAUUUUGAUUCUUGGUUCAGGCAGUCCACCUUGUGCUCUUCCGGCCCACAAUGUGGGGGCUCAUAUUUUCCGGCCAUGGGAUACUUCCAACCUAAUAACAGGUUGUUCAACAGUCUUCCUUGUUUCCACCCAUUACUGAAAUAUGUGUCUGAAGAGAACUAUCCUGUCACAACAGAUCUAAAACCCGAAACUGUCCCCGAACGUUCGCAGAGAAAAUUUCUCGUUUUUGAUCAAUCGGGUGAUCAAAUGAGACUAGUCUAUAGCCCCUCUCCAAACGAAUCAUCCCCUGAGAACUGGGUCCAGAACCCAUCAACUGCUUAUAACCAGACCCGUUUUCUUGUUGAUGAAUGUGUAGAAGAGAACAAUGAGGAAAGUGAAAUGCAGGAAGACACCGAAGAAUUAAAUGCUCUCCUCUAUUCUGACAAUGACUCUGAUUAUUCUGAGGAUGAAGAAGUAACAAGCACCGGGAAUAGUAAACCUGAGGUUGCUAGUUCUGAUGAGGAGCACACCAAAAGGCGUAAACUUCUUGAGGCUAGUUAUGCUGUGCCGUGGACAGUUGAGAGUGCAAUGUCCGAAAACCCGUUUGGGUGCUCCGGAUUAGAGGAUGACGCAGAAUCGAGUUGCAGGAAUAUGCACGGGCAUGUGUCUGGCAUGAAAAGAUCAAGGAAGGAGAAGAUACGCGAAACCUUACACGUUUUACAGAAGAUAAUCCCUGGCGGGAAAGGAAAAGGUGCAAUGGAUGUUAUUGAUGGAACAAUUUGCUACUUGAAAGGCCUGAAAGUUGAGGCAAAGAGUUUGAGGCUUGAUGCUCUCUAAAAUAUCUGGAUCCAUCUUUCUUGGUGCACCUAAGUCAUUACUACUAUAAUAAUAACCAAUGUUGCUGAAAUGCUGGAUUUUAUGUUCGACUAGACACUUCUUCUGAAUCGUUCAAUCUGUGUGAAGAUUGACACACAUUCAAUCUGAUAAGCCGAGAGACGGGAUCCUACUGUCAUAUCUUUCAACUCAUCCAACUUUAGAAGAUGAUGGACACAUGUUCAGAUCUGAUAAGCCGAGAGACGGGAUCUUCUCUUAAGAGACGUUUAGACCGUGCAAUCUUUUUCAUUCGAGCAGAAAAAGGGGUUAAGGAUUGGUCGUGAUUGUUAGAGUUUCUGGGCCAUAUUGACUUGAUGUGUCACCAUUUUGGUGGGGUGGAGUUUGGGGAAGUUUGUGUCAUGACACUGUUCCAAGAUGUAUUGGAUCAUUCAUGCAUCUCAACUGUAGUUUCCCUUUAUUGUGUGAGUUGUACUGUCAUACUGUGCAUGAAAACUUGUUACUCCCUCCGUCCCAAUUUGAUUUGCAAAAUUUUCUAUUUUGGUUGUUUCAAAA